GUUGGAACGGAAUAGAAUACCAGAAAUAAUCGCUUUGCUAAGUCAAAGACGCAAAAAUCCUCCGAGUUAUUUCAGUUACACAAAAAGUUAAAAGGAAAAUAAAAAAGAAAAGAAAAAUAGAUAUAUUUUAUACGCGACGACGCGAGAUUGGAAUAUAUUUUUAUCCCAAAUUUCUCGCUGUCAAAACCCGGCGUUGUUUAGGAGAAUCUUCCUAUCUCUUCUUUCCCCUUUUUCUCUCUUUCUCUCGCUCGCCCCCUUUUUUUUUUUCCCCCAUAGAAGUUAGGACCAUAUAAUUCAAUCGAUAUCCCCUACUUCUCCUUCACAAUACAGAUCCCCAACUUUUGUUUUUUCAUCUUCAUCCCAUCAUCUAUUAUUAUUGAACCCAGGAUCUGAUUGAUAUAAAUUCAAUUUUGGAUAUUUCAUCUGGGAAGGGAUUGUUUAAAUUUUCAUUGUUUUUUGUUUAUUAUUAUUAAAUGGUGGUUGUUAAAGCAAUGGGUUCGAUUGAUCCGCCGGAACUGAGCUUGGAUUUCGGACCCGUUUCGAUUUUGACGGAAACAACAGUAGCGAAUAAUAAUACAGCAGCACAACAAGAGAAGAGUUGUGGUUUUGUUCCCAAGACGAUCAUUGAGUUGAUCGGUGAAGUCUCGGCGAUGGACGGUAACGUACAGGAGAAGCUGUUGAAGCUGGAUUAUUAUGUCCGGAGGCUCGAUGAUGAAAUGAGGAAGAUCGAUGCCUUCAAGCGUGAACUCCCGCUUUGCAUGCUCCUCCUCAACGAUGCAAUUAAGACUGUGAAGGAAGAAUCAACCAAGUACAGAAAAUCAGCCAAUGCUGAACCCGUGUUGGAAGAAUUUAUACCAAUCAAGAAGACUCCUGACGACGAUGAUGAGAAAAAUAUUGUUGAUACUAAAACAGAGAACAACGAUUGUAGAGAUAAGAUGAGUUGGAUGAGUUCCGUGCAGCUCUGGAAUAGUGAUAUUACUCCUUCUCCCAGAAGAACUGAUUUUCAGCUCAACCGUGGGCAGGAUCCUAAACCAGAUAGCAAAAAGAGAACUAUUGAAGAACAAAACCAGGAUGGCUUCUUCAUAUCCUGUAAAAGCCAAGGCCUCGCAACGGCAUUUGCACCCUUCAAGGGUUGUUCUGGUUUUCCCAUGUCAAUGACCAGUAAAGAAAAUGGAUAUGAAUUACCAGGAGUUCCUAAGCUCUCACUUAAUACUCCUGUCCUUGGGACAAAGAAACCAAGGGAGGACUUGGAUAUUGUCUCUAGUAACUUAGAUUCAAAAGUCUGUGCUGCCAGAGCUGUGCCCUGCUCUCUUCCAAGUGUCCAAUCAAAUUUGCGGGUUGUAUCUCAGCAACAACAGUCUAAUUCUAGAAAACAAAGAAGGUGUUGGUCUCCAGAAUUGCACCGGAGGUUUGUUGAUGCUCUCCAUAAGCUUGGGGGUUGUCAAGGUUAGAACUUGAACCAUGUCUGCCUUGUGCUCUAUAUUAGUCCAAAUGCUUUGGUCUAGCAACUGAAUAUCUGGUUUGCAAGUUAUAGUUUCUCUUAGAGAGGAGGCUGUCACAAAGUCUUGUCCAGAAAAUCCUCGUGAAUGGUUCUUAUUUUGUCCUGAUUUUACAUAGUUGAUUUCACGAGGUCAUAGUUCAUUAGGCCAACAUUGUUUUCAUUCAUGGUAUUCUUCCUCUUUUUUGUCCAGUAUACUUCCUAAGUAUUACUGGUAGACAAAUUUGUCAUGUUUGAAGAGGCACAAUAGUAGUUUUAUCUGGAUAGCUUUGACUUAAUGCCACAAGAUCACUGUGCACACCAGUUUUCAACAAUUUGUUAUACUUGGAAUGGUUCUUUGAGAAUUGUUGAAAACAGUAUAUUCUGAUAAGAUUUUUUCAAAAUUAUAUUGAUGUUGUGAAAUGGUCUUAAAUUGCUUUCUUUAAUCUGAUUCUGACAUGACUUGUGGAUUUUCUACAGCUGCUACACCUAAGCAGAUUAGAGAGCUUAUGCAAGUUGAUGGUCUCACAAAUGAUGAAGUGAAGAGUCAUUUGCAAGUGAGUAUACAUUUGAAUUUAUUAGUAUUAGAUUAUAAACCUGACCGGAUUAGGACAUGGACUAAUGCAAUUCAAUCUUUUGUUUAUCAGAAGUAUCGACUUCACACACGAAGACUUCCAAACACAACAAGCACUUCUGCAAACCAAUCAGUUAUGGUUCUGGGAGGUCUAUGGAUGUCACAGGACCAGAAUGGUGAAUCGUCGAAACAGAGCAACUCGCAAUCUGGUUCUCCACAGUGCCCUUUACAGUUAGGUGGAGCCUCUAGAGGCACAUCUAUGACAGGAGGCGAUAGUAUGGAAGACGACGAAGAUGAAAAAUCGGAGAGCCACAGUUGGAAAAGUCACAUCCUUACAUCCUAAAAGUAAUGUGAUGUAUAGAAGAUAAAUUCACUCCCUCCUCACCCUCCUCAUAUAUUUUGCGGGAUCAUUACAGAUAAAUUGAUUGCUUGAUCAUCAUCAUACAUUUAGAUCGAAAUUGAAGAGUGGUUGUAAAAUUUUGCAGGAAUAGAUGAAAUAUAUAAACCCUUUUUUCUUACAGUUUUGAUCUGGUGAGUUUGGAAACAUGUUCAUUAUAAGCAUCUUUGUGAAUGAUCAAGGAAGCUCAUGCUGCGGAUAACUUUUUGGUUCUUGAGAGAUGUUUUUGACUGAAUAAAUCCAUAAACCAAGUGUGACAUACUACCCCCUUCUUCUUUUUUCCCUGAUGUUUACAUUGUGGAAUCUUUCAUCUGAAGAAACACAGAAAAGAUGGGAUGUCUUGUAAGACCAGGCAAGACCAAAAGGGAAAGGCUUUUGUCUACUAAAAAGGGAAAGGCUUUUGGUCUACCUACAUUGCUUGACCAGCAAUGUGAAAAACCCUUUAUCUAGUUUAAUGGAAAGAAACACUCAAGAGGAUUCUUCCUCUUGUGUGCAGUCCAAGUUGAAAUUUCAUGGCAAUUUGGUAAAAGGCAAAGGUCAUGAGAUUUGUUUUUUUUUUUUCCUUCAUCUGCAGAAUAGUUUAAUGCAUUUUAGUUGGUACAAUUAAAGUAAUCGCAUGAUCUGGAAGGAAUCGAUCUGGAGCCAACUUACGGAGAACAAUGAUGCGGCUUUUGGGAAUGGAGAAUUCAGAUUCCUUGGUUUGAAUUCCCGAUCAUUUUGUUCAAAAGUCAUAGCUGUCUGGGAAAUGAUAUUGUUUAUUUAUUCUCAUUAGAUUGAACUUGAAGGACAAGGUUAGGAAAAGGAACCAAUAGGUGUUAACUAAUUGGCAGGAAAUUCUUUUUAUUUAUAUAUAUUUUGUCAGAAUCUAGAGUGUUUGUAUAGGUCUAUGAUUAACUGAAUAUGCUUCUUUGUCGUCCUGAUCACUUCAAUUAAAUUAAUCGAAGCAUUUUGACUAUAUUCUCCGUCGUCCCACCUCCAAUUUUUAGGCAGG